AUGUUUGAUCCAGAUUUGCCAGUAAUUCUUAGAACUGAUGCAUCUCACAUUGGGUUGGGAGCUUGUCUAAAUCAAGUUAAAGGGGGUAAAGAAGUCACAGUAGAAUGUGCUUCUCGUACGCUGUCACAGGCUGAACGUAAUUACUCUGUUGGUGAGAAAGAGGCACUUGCGUGUGUAUGUGCUUGCGAGAAGUGGCAUGUCUAUUUGUGGGAACAGAAAGAAAAUGUAGUGUUGGAAGAUGAUUAUGAUGCCGUAUGCCAAGUUUUGGUGGAUACUGUGUCCAAGAGUAUUCCCUUACAUGUAUUUAAUGAAGCAUGUAAACAGGAUGAAGCUUUUGUUAUCUUAAAAAGAUACAUACCAAGUGGGUGGCCAAGAUUUAAACAGCUCAAUGAGAAUGCAAAACCAUUCAAUUGCUGUAAAGAUGAGUUGAGUAUUUCAGGUUAUGUUAUAAUGAGAGGUGAUAAAUUGGUCGUCCCAAACCGCCUGGCUGAGCAGGUACUGACUCUAGGACAAGUAUUCCACCAGGGCAUGACUAGGACAAAACAAAGAUUAAGGAAAUUAUUCUGGUGGCCCUUAAUGGAUGUGCAAGUUGAGAAACUAAUAAAGGAGUGUGCUAUUUGUCAACAUAAUGACAAAUCCAUUAAACAUGCAUAUGCUCCAUUAAAACCGGUGCCGUAUCCGGAUCACCCUUGGGAAAAGCUUGCUAUGAAUACAACAGUUACAGAGGAUUGUCUUGUGGAUUUUGAGUUGGAUAAAGAUAAGGAAGUGAAUACGCAGUGGAGUUUUCCAUUAAGAAGAAGUAGUAGAAUGAGAAGACGUCCUAGAUUGUUAGACGAUUAG